ACCCGGUCACAGUAGAGCGAAGUUGUGGAGGGCUUUCUCGGUUACCAUGGAUUUCUAAAAGCUAUUGACUGCGUUCGCAGCUCUUUGACUGAACGUAGGCUAUUUGUAAGAGAAAUCUCAACACUUUGAAGGAAAACGACCAUCGCGCGAAACAUUGCGCUGACAGUUCUCAUACGCACUGAAUAACAGCUCACGCGCUGCGGUGUUCGCACUUCACGUACGAAAUCGCUACGGCAGCGACGCGAACAACUCCGAAAGGUGCCGAGACCUCUGCCUGUGUUGGAGUGAGAUGCACUGACUCCUGGCAUCCUGCAGUAUUUCUGUAAUCCUCCACUCAACUCCAAGUCAUGCGGUUGUUAUGGAAAAUUGGAGUGACCCUCUUUUUGGGCUCCUGCCUUAAUAUUAUUUGCAUGUAUCAAACGUAUGCCCUGGACAUUCCACUAGAUGUUUUAGCACGCAUGAACAUGGAGCAGCUGCCCACAAUUACAGAGCACUCUCCUGCCUCUCUGAUUGCCUUUCCUUUCGAAGAGAGCUUCCCUGUGAAGUGUGAGGCUACUGGAAACCCUGUACCAGAAUUCAGGUGGACAAAGAACGGUCAAGACUUUGAUUCCUAUCAGGAUCCCAGAUUGAUAACAUCAGAUGAGUCUGGAACCUUCGUCAUUCCAAAUAACGGGAAUCUCACAGAAUUCCAGGGAAAUUACCGCUGCUUUGCGACUAACAAGUUAGGAACAGCCAUGUCAGAGGAGAUCGAAUUUAUUGUUCCCAAUGUUCCGAAGUUCCCUAAAGAAAUCAUUGACCCUAUUGAGGUUAUAGAAGGUCAGUCAGUCAUUCUGGAAUGCAAUCCACCUAAAGGAAUCCCUCCACUGCAAAUCUACUGGAUGACAAUAGGUCUAGAGCACAUCGAGCAGGACGAGAGAGUAUCAGUGGGUCUGAAUGGGAAUCUGUACUUCUCGAACGCCAUUGAGACCGACAGUCGAAGAGACUUCUGCUGCUUUGCUGCCUUCCCACGCAUACGGACCAUCGUCCAGAAAAAUCCCAUGUCCGUCAUUGUCAAAAGCAACAAGUUAAUGAAGGACUCAGGCUCUGGUAGCGGCAGAGGUUAUGCAAACUCUCUCUUGGAGAGGAAGCCCAGUCUACUGAUGCCCAAAGGAAUGGAGUCGCACACAUAUUUGGUGAAAGGAGAAGAUCUUCAGUUGGAAUGUAUUGCAGAGGGCUUUCCAACACCAAAAGUGGUGUGGUUGAAAAUGGGCCAAAAGCUUCCAGAAAGGACCAUAGUGGAGAGUCAUGGAAAGUUGCUGACAAUAGAGAUGGUAAAUGAAGAGGAUGAGGGGAAAUAUAUGUGCAAAGCCAAAAAUCCCUAUGGAGAAGUGGUGCAUUACUUUCAUGUUACAGUAGAAGAACCUCCUGAGUGGGAGAUAGAACCUCAAAGUCAGUUGGGUACGAUUGGAGCUGAUGUUGUGAUCAAGUGUGUCGUGACGGGAAAUCCUCAACCUAGUGUGACAUGGAGAGUCAACGGCCGACCACUGAAUGAGGUCCCAUCAUCCAACAGGAAUGUCUCGAAAGAUGGCACCAUUUUCAUCCACAAGGCAAACCCUGAUAAUAGCGCUGUUUACCAGUGUGAGGCCUCAAACAGACAUGGCACCAUCCUAUCCAAUGCCAACAUCAUGAUUAUGAACAUCCAGCCAGUGAUCUUAACAGAAAACAAUCUUCAAUAUUCCACAGUGGAGGGAAAAGGUGUUUUUAUGAACUGUAAGGUCUUCAGCUCACCAUCAUCCAGCAUUGCCUGGAGUAAAGCUGACAGUGCCAAUGCUGUGGAAGGAGAACGAUUCUCCAUUCAUACGAAUGGCUCACUGGAGAUCCAUAACGUGAUGAAAGAAGACACUGGGGAAUACUCUUGUUUUGCUCAAAACACAGAGGGCAAAGUUGCCAUUGCUGCAACCCUUGAGGUCAAAGAUCCAACCAAAAUAGUAUACCCUCCACAAGAUUUGCGGAUUUUGGUUGGAACCACCAUUCAGUUUUCAUGUCAGGCAGAAUUCGAUCCUUCCUUUGGUAAUGAUUUUGAGAUCCUUUGGGAGAAAGAUGGCAUAGCACUUAACAGCAGUGAGAACACACGAUAUGUGCUCGAUGAUGGAGUACUUGAGAUCAUCAAUGUGAGCUUUGGAGACCAGGGCUUAUAUGUCUGUGUGGCCAGAACACCAGUCGACCAAGACACGGCAGUUGCACAGCUUUCAGUUGUGGAUGUUCCUGAUCCACCCGAGAAUGUGAUUAUGUCGGAAAAAAAUGGCAGUAGUGUGAAACUGCAGUGGAUAUCAGGAAAUGACCAUAACAGCUCCAUUACUGAGUUUGUUAUAGAGUUCGAGGAAAGCCAUUAUGAGCCAGGCAGAUGGAAGGUGCUGAUGAGAAUACAAGGUAACCAUCACUUUGCAGUGCUGAAGCUGCAUGGACAUGUGGACUACUGCUUCAGAGUAUAUGCCAUCAAUGAGGUCGGGAGAGGUCGAGCAAGCCAGACCACUGAAAGAUACAAAACUCCACCAUCAGCACCUGACAAGAACCCUGAAAAUAUCAAGAUCGAAGGUCAUUUGCCACAUGAAAUGGAUAUCAACUGGGAGCCGUUGUCACCUCUUCAACACAACGGCCCAGGUUUGGAGUACAAGGUAAGCUACAGAAGACAUGGUACUGAGGAAGACUGGACAGAACACAUCGUUAAGAGGCACUCGUUUGUUGUUAAAAACACCCUGACGUUCGUCCUUUAUGAGAUCAAAAUUCAGGCCAAGAACCAUGCGGGCUGGGGCCCGGACCCCAAAAUAAUAACAGCAUACUCAGGAGAGGACUUCCCCUCAGCAGCUCCAGAAGAUGUAGCAGUGGAAGUUAUGAAUGAGACCAUGGUGAAGGUUAGAUGGGCCCAUGUUCACAAGGACAAACUGCAUGGACAUCUGGGGGGCUACAUGGUAAACUGGUUGAGGCUUCCAAGUCCACUUGACUUAACGAAAACACAUGGAGAAAAACACUCCCUGACAUUUGCUGGGGAGAGGACCCAUGCGGUAGUUACAGGGCUCAGGCCCUUCUCAGAAUACAGCCUCAUUGUCAUGGCCUUUAAUAACAGAGGAAAUGGGCCUGGAAGUCACCCGGUCAGUUUCAAAACCCCAGAGGGAGUUCCUGGUCAAGCGGCUUCUUUCAGGGUUACAAAUAUCCAAAAACACAAGGUCACCCUGACCUGGUCGUCUCCCAUUGAUGCAAAUGGAGUUCUAAUUGGCUACAUCUUGCAGUACCAGCUGAUAAAUGACACAGGGGAAGUAGGUCCUCUGAUGACCAUGAACAUCUCCGCUGACAGCAAUAAGCUGCACCUCCAGGACCUCGAAGCCCUGAGCAGAUACAAGUUCUACCUGCGGUGCUGUACGCGGGUGGGCUGCGGACCAGCUGCCAGUGAGGAGUGCGUAACUGUCCCAGAAGCGAAUGUGGCUUCUUUCAACAUCAGAAAGACUGGCCCUCGCUUUCCUCAAAGAAAAAACACUGUUUCCCCUGUGGCUAAUGCAACUCUUUCUUCCAUAGGUCUGGCCAGUAUUCAUGGUGGCAUCUCUAAUCAGGGCUGGUUCAUCGGGCUCAUGUGUGCUAUAGCACUACUAACCCUCACAGUACUCAUCGCCUGCUUUGUACACCGAAACAAAGGAGGAAAAUACGCAGUAAAAGAGAAAGAGGACCUACACCCAGACUUGGAGUCCCCAGGCAUAAAUGACGACACCUUUUGUGAAUACAGUGACAAUGAUGAGAAACCGCUGAAAGGAAGCCAACAUUCCUUGAAUGGUGACUUGAAAGGAGGGGACAGCGGAGACAGCAUGGCGGACUAUGGUGACGAGGAUGCUCACUUCAAUGAGGACGGCUCUUUUAUCGGAGAAUACUCUGGACGCAAGGAUAGGGUCUCCACAGAAAUCAAGGGAAACAAUCAGAGCACAGCAUAAUGGACCGCCGACAAAUUAUUUCUUGGACAAGCUCUUGCAAAAGGUCAGUCAAAAGGGAGCAAAAGGGAAAGAGCUGCAACGCAAUGGAACGCGAAGGACAUUUCUGCAAUUAAUGUGUUAUUGUCCAACUCUCAGUCAUUCUUACAUAAAUUUGCAAUGCUUAGUUUUUUUUUGUGUGUACCUUAACUGAUCUAUCAUGUCAGUUGUGUAUACUUUUGUGGGGUGUUUUUGUAUUAAAUAUUUGCAAAUCUGUGGUGACUGUGGAGCUGCUGCAAAAUGUUCCUUUUUUUUUGAUUGGAGAAAAGAGGAAAAAAAAUCCUAUUUACACAAUUCUGCGUUCUUCAAUAUUUGUGUCAUCUUGUAACCAAUCAAGAUUUAUGUCAGGGUAUGAACUUUGUAUUUGUUUGUUUUUUUGAGGCAAAUAUUAUUGACAUUUUAUUUUGCAUAUACUGUAUACAGUUCAUUCAUAAAAUGUGGGUUAUUAUGUGUACAAAGGAGUUGUUGCUAAUGAAAAAUAAAUAAAUAAAAAAAUCAUAAUUUCAGUUUAAAUCCAAAAGGGCAAGGCAACAUAUCGGUUGCCUUGCUACAGUUAGACUCAAAUGCUUCAUUGAACAUUUACUGUAUGCAUUUUAAUUAAUGGUUCAGGCUAUACUAACAAGCUGCAUAGCCACAUUCAAUAUGCCAUAUACAUUACAGUGAGUCUGCUGCUGUUAACUCAUUAGCCAUAUUACAGUAUAUUGUCAGAUAGGCACAUAUACAAUUUUCACACAUAAAAAAAAAAAAUGCCUCUUUUGCCUUAGAGUGACUUACUAGUAAUUGGAAUUCCAUGAUUCCAUAUCAAUUUUAAAUCCUUCAUACACAAAUUUCACACAGUUAGGAAAAUCAAGCUGUCAAGAAAAUACAGUUUUGUUCAUUUGGACAUACAGUAUAAACAUUAAGCUAUGGUCUUUUUAAGAAACGGCUUCACUUAAAGUCAUGCUCAGAUAGGUUUUUAAAGGAAUUCUGUACAAUGUUUCUGUACAAAUAUUCUGUUUGCAUGUUGAAUGAGGUUUGUGUGCAGAUUUGACAUUAAAUUGUAUAAUUUUUUUCUUCUUAAUGGGUUUGCUGACUCAAAACAUCAUCGCCUUUUUGUUUAUUGAUGCUUCUUUUCAGAUUAAUGCCUGAACGCAUGCAUCCUAUUAUGGUGCUUUUCUGAAUACACUGUAAACAUGUUAUGCAGCUUUCAUAUUUAUGCUAUACAUCUGCUGGAAACAUUAAGGUAAAAGCUUGCUGGGGAUGACAAGGAAUUUAAACAACAAUGGAGUUAACACCAAUAAAGUAUUGGAUACUGCAGGCAUAGUCU